UUACUGUUCCGUUUUUAGAAUUUACUUGAAUCAUAUAAAGCUAUAUAACAUUUUACAUAUAAUUCUUAAAAGUCGACAAAAUUAGGAAGAGCAAACGACAAUGUUUUCAAUGUCUGAACAGAUUUUUCUUUCAAUCAUUAGAUAAUGCCGACAAAAACAAAAGGCUAGCAAAGAAUAUAGGAGUAUUAUUUUCUUGGUGGACAAGCAUGUUUGACUAUUCUCAUUUUCUUGUUCCCCAAACAUAUUUGGUAAGCUCCACAAAUAUAUAAACAAGACAUUAGUAAUUCAACAAUUCAUCAAGUCUCAAAUCAAAAUAAGCAAACAUGAAGAGUGAAGGUCGUCACCAAGGCAUCGUAAGAACAGGAAUGAUUCAUCCGCGGGGGUUUAAUCCGCGAACCACUAACCGGCUCGAUUCACCACCAGCUUUUGGAGAUUUUACCAAAGCGCCAUCAAAGACUACCAACCAUUCAAAUAUCACCAAAGAAAGUGAGCGGUCCAAGUACAGUAAUUGUCAUGUGUUGCCGGCUAUCAAGUCGGGCCACAAAUCUAAUGGUCGCCGUAAGCUACAACCGACAAGUUGGUGGAGUGAGGAUAAGCUAGAUCGGCUCAUUGGGUCAGACUCGUCCUCUGCUAAAGAUAUUUUGGAUACAUUAUGUGGUGAAGAUGAUGAUGAACAUUAAUUUUCAUCAUGAUUUAAAUCAUCUCAUUUGAGAUGUAUGAAGAUUAUUGUUUUUUAUUUUAUGUCGUGGAUCCGCUAGAAGCAUCUCUAACAUGUCUUCGUCUGCUGCUUUAACUUGUGUGCUAAGGGUUGAAUAUUAAUCUUAUGUAAUUUUCUAGCUCUUGAUAUAAUUCAGAUCCGAAGCUUAGACCAA